CAAUGUGAUAGAUGUUGGAGCGUUGGAUUCGCAUAAUUUGGAGCAGCACGAAUACAUAGAUAGAUCGCGUACAUAUUCAAAACGCAUAGAAACCGGAGGCGUUAAAGUCCCUGACAGUACGUCUUGCCUACUCAAAGAUAUACCGGCUCCAGAAAAGAUAUUAGCAGCCGAUCCUAUUUCUGUCGGAGAUCAUGAAUUGAUCACCGAAAUGCUCAAUAAAGCUGUGACAGCGUUAGAGGACGUAAAAGUUGAGCACAAAGAGGACUUGGUAGUUCCUUUCUUAUCAUGAUCUUGCAGUAUUUCCUAAGUAGGAUCACAGCUACGUCCUGCUUGAGCGAAACCCUAACGCAUGAUAUUGAAAACCAUACAUCCUUUCGAAAUCGAUUUUCAGUAAGAUAAUCUGAAAUUACUCGGAACAUAAAUAUCAUUUAAGAAUUACAACGCAGUGUAUCAUAGAGUCGAGGUACUAUUUCUCCGCAAGGACAUGCCAACGACUGAACAGUUUGCAUAAAAGAUUAUUUCGAAAUGUUACAAGCUAUGAUAAUUUAAAAUGAAAAAACAGUCCCCAGAUGGAAAGAACUGAAUUUGCUAAUGCUUUUUUUUUAUAACUUACAUGCGAUAUUGUAUAAUACUAAUCCAUUGUUAUUGCUCUUCGCUGUGUGUGGUAGGAAACGAGUAACACGAAGGUUAUUUUGUAGCUGACAAAUGUAAU